CGCACGGCAUUUCGAAAUUUUGUUUUCUGUGCUUCACUUGUGCAGAAAAAUUUCGCAAUUUUAUAGAAAUAUCGUCAUAAAUUAUUACCUGUUGAUCGUCAUAGUCAAUAAUUUAUAAUAUAACUUAGUUUGGUUAUUUUUCAUGGAAACAUGUUUUUACGCUUGGCAGGUGGUACAGUUUCAUUGUGUUCUCGGCAUCUAAAGCGACAUCUCACGGUAAAUCAACCUGCAGAAUUUAUUCGCCUUCCACUUCGCGCUACCCUGCCUGGAAGUCAAAAUACGGUUCUGAGAUACUGCUCCACGUAUUCCACCGAGAAACUCCGAGAAUCUUCGCAGCCGCUUACCAAAGUUGAUACCAAAAUCGCUUUGGGAUUCACCUGUAAACCGUGUGGUCAGCGGACUCACCGUUUGAUCUCGCGAGCUGGUUACGAGAUAGGACUGGUGGUGAUAAAGUGCUCGAACUGCAACAACUAUCACUUGAUUGCGGAUAAUCUUGGUGUGUUUAAAGACCUGGCGCCCGGGGUCAAAAACAUCGAAGAUAUUCUGGCCGAAAAAGGCGAAUCCAUUCGCAAGCAUUUGGAAACCGACGAAGUUUUUGAGGUUGGCGAUUUCCCUGCUGAGAAUCCCGUGAAAGACCCCAAGGCCUAAUCGUCUUGGUUAUCUAACUUA